AUGGAUAUUCACAAUCCUUGUUUCUUGACUACUUGGGCUCUGCUUGACGCUGGCUACGAUGUAACAGUCGUCUCUGAGAAAUGGGCCUCAUUGAGCGACCGCAUCACUUCCCAAAUCGCCGGUGCACUCUGGGAAUGGCCUCCUGCCGUUUGUGGCAAGCACACCAACUUGAUCUCUCUUGACAACUCCAAGCGCUGGUGUUUGACUUCCUACCGAGCGUUGGACAAACUCAUGAAGACUGUUCCUGUCGAAGAGCACGGUGUGCGCAUGCGGGCAGCCAACUUCUUCUUCGAGCAAUCGUUGAAUGACAUGCCCGGACAGCUGGAGAAAAUGAAUGAAAUUGAAGCUGAGAAAGAGAUCCAAGGCUUCUUGCACGACCCGACGUUAGUCACCAAACAUGCAGUCAACCAAAAGGCCGGCGUCGUUGACUCCUAUCGCCACCUUGCCCCUGUCAUCGACACCGACCACUACAUGACAUGGCUCCGCUACACUGUCUCAAAGAAAGGCGCCCGACUUGUGACUGCUAAAAUCUCCGGUGACUUGCUGGCUCAAGAAGACAAGCUUCUCGCCAAGUACAACGCCACAGCGAUCAUCAACUGCACCGGACUUAACGCGUACGAGACCGCUGCUGACAAGACUGUCCUUCCUCUGCGUGGCGCAUUGAUCCGCGUCAUCAACGAUGGAAAGAAGUUCCCCAAGGUCACGGAAGCUUUAUGUGUUUCUCAUGACGACACCCACGGCGCCGACGCUGAGGACAUUGUGUUCAUUGUUCCUCGUAACGAUCGCACACUCAUUCUAGGAGGACUUGUUCAGCCGCACGUGCACACUCUUGAUCUGACCAUCAACAGCCCCGAGAUUGUUCGCAUGCGCGAGCGAUGCAACGCUUUUGUUCCAGGUCUCGAGAAUGCUGAGUUAGACCCGGACCCAUUUGUACAGGGACUCCGCCCAUUCCGUGACGCAAAUGUUCGCGUCCAGAGAGAGAAAAGACUAAGAGAAGACGGAUCCAUCAGCCACAUCAUUCACUCGUACGGCCAAGGAGGUUCCGGCUUUACACUUUCGUUUGGUUGCGCCGCAGAUGUGCUUGGUCUCCUCGAGGAACUUGAGGCCGAGAUUCCAUACUCAUCGAGGACCGUACUCACACAAGCUCACCUGUAG